AUGCUUUCCGACGAUUCUGAGUCUGAAGAAGAAAACGAACCUCAAGAAAUUGAUGAAGAAAGUAUCAUUACAUACUAUUUUAAUUGUGGUUUCAGUUAUGAAGAAAUGUUACUAUUCCUUGAGAAACGCCAUUACUGCAAGAUGAGUCGCAGCACAUUGCUGCGAUGACUAAAGGCGUAUGGUCUAUGUAGAAGGGGGUUUGCAAAUAACCCAAACUCCAAUUGUAUUGUGGAACAAGUUCGACAACGUAUUAGAGAACUUAUUAAUGGUCCUGCUUCAUCGGGAGGGUAUAGAACAGUAUGGCAUACCCUAGAGAUGGAAGGAUUGAGAGUGCCUAGAAUUGUAGUACAAGACAUAUUAAAAGAGCUUGAUCCAGAAGGAACAGAAUGGAGGAAAGCUCAUCGUUUUAAACGGAGAGAGUAUCACAACCCAGGGCCAAACUAUGCAUGGCACAUGGAUGGAUAUGACAAACUCAAGCCAUGGGGUUUCCCAAUUCAUGGUGCCAUAGAUGGCUUUAGCCGCAAAAUUCUUUGGCUUAAUGUUACCCGUUCAAACAAUUCUCCCGAUAAUAUCGCCAAGUUUUAUUUAAAAACUGUGGAAGAGCAUAAAGGAUGCCCAGUUGAAAUGGUGACUGAUCUUGGAACCGAAAAUGGCUUGGUGGCAGCAACACAAUGCUAUUUUCGUGACAACCAUGAUGCGCAUCGCUACGUUCCAUCUCCAAGAAACCAACGUAUUGAAGCAUGGUGGUCCUUUUUCUCAAGGAAUCGCUCCACAUGGUGGCGAAACUUUUUUUCCGAUUUAGAAUCCCGCGAGGAAAUCGAUUUAUCCUAUGACCUAAGCAAAGAAUGCAUGUGGUAUUGCUUUCACGACCUCUUACAGAAAGAUAUUGACACUGUUAAAGAACACUGGAAUACACAUCGCAUUAGAAGGUCAAGGUAUAACACCGUUCCUGGUCGUCCAGACUCCCUUUUUUAUUUCCCUGAAAGCCACGGAGGCGUUAGUAAUCUUCUGAAGGAAGUACCAGAGCAGGAAAUUAAUUAUGCUUAUGAAGAAAUAGUUCAAAUGAAUCAAGUGAAUGAGUAUCAAGAAUACUUUGAGUACGCAAGAGAAGAUCAAGAAUACUUUGAGUACGCAAGAGAAGCUCUUGGACUUCCACGUGUGCCUGUAAGAGAUACCCAGGAAGCGUGUGAAUUGUACGAAAGAAUAAAAGUUGACAUGCUUUAA